UGCACACUGACAUAAAAAACUAGCAAAUGUUUUUGUCAAUUGUAUUACAAUGGAAGAGAAUAAGCCGUUCAGAUGCGAAGUAGAUGGCUGUACUAAAGGCUUUUGGCACAAGGCAGGUCUCAAGCGACAUCUCAACUCCCACUUAAAGGUAAAGAAGGAACUUGUUUGGGAAUGCAGCGAAUGCGUAAAAACUUUCAGCCAAGUGGAGUCGCUGCGGCGUCAUGUCAGAACUGCGCACGAUAGUGUCAUGUUUAUCUAUAGUUGCACAUUUGAAGGUUGCAACAUGAUGUUCCAGCGCAAGGAUAAUUUGGAUAGACAUGCUGCCUCCCAUUCUGAAUAUACUUGGACUUGUGACACUUGUGGCAGAUCUUUUGCCAGAAGAGAUGCUCUAACACGACACAAGCGUAUUCAUACACGCAAGACACAAAAAGCGAAAAAUUUGGUUGUUCAGCUCGAUGAAGGUCCAAAUACGGAAGCAACUCUGGAUUAUAUUAUAUACACGGACGAGGAGGAGGAAGAAAGUGUGAACAAUAUAAUUAACUAAUUGCACUCUAUUUAAACAUAAAAACAUAAACAAAUUA